UAUUAAAAUACUCAAGUAACAUUACAUGAAAUACAGACCCCAGCAUUAAUAUAUUACAAACUACAAAAUGUGUGAUAAGAAAGGUGUUCUAUCAUUAAUGGGUUUGUUUUUAUUAAGUAAACGUUUUUAUGAAUCAACGUGGGUUUUUCACGAUGUAGUAUUAUAUUCGAGCCAAACUUUCUAUAUUUCAAAUUCCAGGAAUGCGACACAGUAGCGUUGACGUGUUGCUCGAGGGUUUAGCACUCACUAAAGCUGAAAGGAAAAAACUGGAAAAGAUCAGUAAAUUUAAUAUCAAUUUGCAAGCCCUUUUUGUUGCUGUAGAACACGAACACGUGGAACGUGCGCACACAAUAUUUGAAACAACGAACGUCGACGUGAACAGUGUCAAUGGAGAUGGCUUUACACCACUCGACAUCGCUGUAAUGACCAACAGCAUACCGAUGGUCAAGCUUCUUCAGUCACGUGGAGGCCGAGAAAGCACGAGAUAUCCAAAGGGGAAUAGAUGA